AGCGGAGCUAAAGAGCCGCUCGUGAAGCCGCUGUGUGGCGCUAUGUGUAUGAGAAGAGACCGUACGCGGUGUUUUCAGGUGAAGUUUUUGUGGGAAGGUUCACCUGCUGGCGGACCCGAGAGAGCUCCUCACUGACAGACCCAAACACAUCCAGCCUUCACCUGACUUUCAGCAGAGACAGUGGGAGCCCAUGGAUAAACUCAGGGCUUUUGUGAAUGGUCGAGAAGGAAACAAUGACAAUCGUAACAUCCUCCAGGCAGCGAAUGAAGCGUCCACUCUGGGAUGGGGGACCCGGGUGAAAGGCUUCAUAGUUUGUUUCGCCAUCGGAGUGGGCUGCAGCAUUCUGGGAGUGUGCUGCCUGUUCAUCCCCAAAAUUGGCCUGAUUCUCUUUAUUGUGUUUUACACAUUUGGGAAUAUUUGCUCAUUAGCCAGCACCAUGUUUCUGAUGGGACCAGUGAAACAGCUGAAGAGGAUGUGUGACAAAACCAGAGCUUUUGCAACAGUUGUCAUGAUAACAUGCCUGGUGCUUACACUGUGUGCAGUAUUUUGGUGGAAGAUAUUUGCAUUGUCUUUGCUGUUUGUUAUUUUGCAAGUCAUCGCAUUUGCAUGGUAUGGCCUCUCAUACAUUCCAUUUGCAAGAGAUGCUGUGCUGAAGUUUUUUUCCAUGUUGUGCACUAUGUGCAUGAAAUGAAGAGCCUCCAGUGCAGUCUGCUGUUCCUCAGGGUUUCUCUUCACAGGCUUUACUGUCUGGCUUACUUACGGGUUCCUUGCACAUAAAUUAGAUCCAGUGUAGUCUAGACCAGCAGAAAGCGAAGGUAUUGUAUCUUUGGCGUUAUGAAGGUGGUGUUGAAACCGGUAAGCAUUUUCAGAAAAUGCAUUGUGCUGAUGUUUUAAUACAGGCUGAUCAAUGAAGGACUAAAAACCAUUUUUGCUCAGACCAAUGUAGGAUUUAAGAAGCAGGAAACAUGCCUGAAAUGAUCCAAAGAAGGUUGGCCUCACAAACGACAUUUAUGUUUAAUCCCUUAAUUUAUCUGCGAUCUUUGAAUGUAAAUAAAUAAAUACAUUUUUAAGUUUUA